AUAUACCUGACAGAAUGAACCUCCUGGACUAUCCCAUCCCAGAGCUGGAUAUGACCUUGCAGGAGGUGGGGCGGGUGCUGCAGCUCACACUCCCUCCUGAUCUGUACCUGGAGUACAAAACCACACUGGAUCAGCAGAGGCAGCUACUGGAGGAUGCUCAGCAGAAACUAGCUUGCAGAGCGGCCGGCCAGGAGAACUGGGUGACGGAGCAGUUUAAGAAAGCCUUACUGUCAUGUGCUGACCCCCUGCCCACCUCCACGGCCCUGCCAGUGGUCCUGCUGCCCGCCAAAGAGAAGGCUUGCUCCCAGCUGAGCAGGGCGGCCGGGCUGCUGUGGGCUGCAGCCAAGCUGUGCGCUGAGCCUCUGUUACUGGAGGGAAAUGCUGCUAUGGAGCGCACACAACAAUCUGAGGCCUUCUCUGCCUGCAGGCUCCCUGGUACAGACCAAGACCAGUUUAAGGUUUACCCGGACAGCCUCCAUGCUAUAGUGACAUGUUCAGCUGGAGUCUUCCCUGUAGACAUACUGUGGCGUCCCAGCCCUGAGGAGCCUAUGAGCGCAUGCUCCUUCACUCACAUCUACAGUCAGCUGGCCCAGGUGAUGGCUCAGCCCUGUGCUGGAGAGCACAAUGGAGCUUUGACGGUCUGCAGCCUUUCAGGUCUGGACCGUAAGACCUGGGCAGGUAUCAGGCAGCAGAUCCUGGGCCAGGGGGGUGUAGCUGCAGAGGCGAUGGAGGUUAUGGAGAGCGCUGUGCUCGCUCUCAGUCUGGAGGAGAGGAACGCACCUACAGAUCUGGCUGACAUCCUUAAUGCAGUGAGGCUGGGAGCAGAGGAGGGGCCCUGCCUCCGAUACUAUGACAAGGUGACUAACCUGGUGGUUUUCCGGGACAGCACUGCUGGGAUGUUGUUUGAGCACACUGGAGUGGAUGGGAUGGUAGCCUGUCUUGUAGCUAAGGGGAUCUACGAUCUGUCUGAGACUGUGGACUUCAGUCGAGUCCAUGGUGACUCUCCAAACCUGAAUGGUUCUGUCACUUCUGUUGUGCCAGUGUCUUUAACACUGCCUUUAGAAGGUGUGAAAUACCAACCAAGUUCAAACCGAAAACGCACUUACCCCAUUCUCUCGUUCGAUCUGCCCUCCUAUCCUGAUGUGCUAGCUACCCUCAGUGGGCACAGAGGCCUGUAUGACGCCUGGAUCACCUUCUCACUGCAGCUCUCCCUAAGGCAGACUCAAGGAGAGUCUGCUUCCAAUCACAUCCUGGUCACACCCACCCAUAUGCGCCACUAUAAACAUGGCCGAUGUGACCCCACUUACUCACUCACCAGCCAUUCACGCAGGCUGAUUGAUGCGAUAGCCUCCAGUAUGAGCCCUGAUAACACAGUCCAGUGUACUUCAGAACUCUUACAGCUGUUCCAUGUUGCAUUUCUGGAGCACAAAGCCCUGAUCAAAAACACUAAAAAUGGGCGAGGAGUGGGCCCUCACCUGGCUGCUCUGCGGAGGUCCUUGCCCUCUGACAACCCUCUGAGGAGGUUCUUCGACCCCUUUGGCUGCCCCUCUGUGUAUCUCUCAGGUACACUGCUGGACGGUGUGGAGUGCGUUGUUGGCAACGUUUAUGCUCAAAACCAGCUCUCAGUAACAUACUUUGGAAAGAAAGACAGAGUUCGCAUUCUCCUGAAUGCCAAAGGGACCUUUACUCAGACCUUGGACAAUCUCAAGGAAAAUAUGAAGUCAAAUCUGCAAUUAAUCCAGCUCAUAGCGCUGAGGUAUUCCAUUGCCUGUCAGAUGGGGGCUCUAGAAUGUCUUCUACAAAAGGGUCAAACUGAUAAAAUGAAUGGAGAACUUCGUUACACAGAUUCCACACACAGUUCCAACAUUAAGCAAAACAAUCAUGAUUUUGCCCUUAACACCAGUCCUAACUACAAGUUGUUAAUCCAUGGGGGGGCUGGAGAGGACAUGAUGUUGAAUCCCUUAGUAGUCAGCAUUAUUGAGUUUGCUUUAGAGACAGCUUUAACUGUUGGAUCUCAGGUUCUCCAACAAGGUGGCAAGAGUGUAGAUGCCGUUCAGAGGUCAGUGGAGGCACUGGAGAACUGCUUCCUGUUUAAUGCUGGAAAAGGCUCUGUAUUCAACAAGGAAGGCAAGCAUGAACUGGAAGCUAGCAUUGUAGAUGGCAGAUCCAUGAAGUCAGGGUCAGUUGCAUGUGUAGAGCAUGUUAAGAACCCAAUCAAAGCAGCCAGGAGUAUUAUGGAUAAAUGCCAGCAUGCACUGCUUGUAGGACAGGGGGCCGAGGAGUUUUGGCAGGGGCAGGGCGAGAAGGACAAGCCAGUUGAUUCCAAGUAUUUCCACACCUAUAUAAGGCAUGGACAACUGACAGCCAAGCUCAGUAAUGACAACUACCAGAAAAACAAUCACCCUCAAACUGUAGGUGCAGUAGCUUUAGAUGUAGGGCAGGAUUUAGCUGCUGCAACCUCUACCGGUGGGCUUGUGGGGAAGUUAAAGGGACGAGUUGGGGAUACCGCAGUGGUUGGAGCAGGCGUGUAUGCGGACAACAGCUUAGCAGUCUCCUGCUCUGGUGAUGGUGACAUGUUUCUCAGGCAGUCAGUUGCACAAAAAAUAGCUAGUCUCUACCACAACAAAGGGUAUAGUCUCAGACAAGCUUGCAGGGAGGUGAUAGAGGAUAACCUAAAAGGAGUUUGUGCAGGGGUCAUCGCUGUUGACCGCAAGGGUAAUACCGUGAUAGAAACUAAUGCUGGUGUUAUGUUCGUGGGGUCAAUGAUAAAUGGUAUUCCUCGAGUGGAAGCUUUUAGGCCCAUAAAAAGUGUUUCACAUGCAAUUUGGGAAUCGGAUGAGCUUGUGGCAUACCUGCAUCCCAACCCUUGGACACCAGGCGCAACUAUUUUGACCCGAAAAGCCUUAAGCGGGGCAAAGAGCAUUUUCAGCUUACCACUACCUGACUAUAUGGUCAUGCUUGAGGCGGCAAAAACUGUGUCACAGAUGUUGUGUCAGAGGUUUGCAGCACAGCGGUGUUCUCUUGUUUUUUACCCAUCACAGGACCAUCCAGCACAAAUCAGACUGCUGCCUCUACACGGUCUCUCCCCAAAGUGGCAGCCUCAUCUAGCAGCCGAUGAAGAAUUCCACACUUGCGACCCUGGUUUUUGUACAUCAAAAAGUGGUCCUAAAUGGAACUCUGAAGAACUAACCAAAGUCCAGACUAGGAUUAAAAAAGGCUUACCGACACCAAACGCCCCGCCUUGCUUCGACUUCCAUGGCGACCCCGAUUAUGAUGACCUCUUCAGCCGCAUUGUCCGUGGAGUGCAGCCUCAGUGGAGAGUUUGGGAAGACAGCUCUCAUGUUGCAUUUCUGACCCCAUACCCAAACACCCCCGGGUGCACAGUCAUAGUCCCACGGAAACCUCUGCCAAGCGACAUCUUCAGUCUAGACAAUGCUGACUACAAGGCCCUGAUCUUGGCCACUUAUAAGGUAGCUCGACUUAUCCAAGAAGGGAUGCAAGCACGAGCUGUCGCUAUGAUCUUUGAAGGAUUUGAGAUUGACUAUGCUCACACUAAGCUGAUUCCUCUGCUGUCUGCUCCAAAUGAUGCCAAGCUAGGUAAAAUACAAGUGGAAUCCUUCGAAACCUACCCCGGAUAUGUAUCAUCGGUUGAUGGUCCAUGUGCCGAUUUAGACAACCUGAAAACAGUUCACGCAAAAAUCACCCAGUGCCGUCCUCCACAUUCAUGGCAGCUCCCCCAGUCACACGCAACAACCGCCAUCAAAAGCGACUGGUACCGUAAUCUGUUCCAAAUUCAAAAUACUCUCUUCCACAGCACUGUAGAGUAUUUCCACAACAACUGCCAGUACUCAUACGCCCUUACGCCUUUGACAACAGACACCAUCUCUUCACCCAUGGGUCUUGGCUCAGAUUCUGAGCCCGUGUCGAUUAACCUCUUAGGUCAUGACGUCUAUCUGGCUGACUCCAUGCAGUUCGUCCUCGAAUAUUUCCUUCGAUUCCAGGAUGAUCUUCCGGGGGCAUACUAUAUAUCUCCCAGCUUCAGAGGGGAAGAUCCAGACAACACACAUUUGAACCAGUUCUACCAUGUCGAGUGUGAACUGCUAGGCAAUAUGGACAAUGCCAUUUCCAUUGCAGAGGGAUACAUCGCUCAUCUGACCAAAGCCAUGCUGAAAAAGCACUCCGAUAUCAUUCUCAAAACAGCAGGUAGCCUUUCGCACACCACAGCUCUGCUCAGUAAGCUGGAAGGAAAGAACUCACUACCAAGGGUGUCACUGGACGAGGCCAUUCCCAUGAUGACCUCUCCUGACUGCCUAGAGUGGGUGCAAGACGGCCAACCGCAAUUUGGUCGAAAGCUCACCCGAAAAGGUGAGCAUCUUUUGAUAGAGAAGUUUGGUGGCGCAGUGUGGUUAACUGAAAUGGACCACCUAGCUGUUCCCUUUUACCAAGCAUAUGUUGAGAGUUCAGGAAGAAGAAAGGCCAAAGCUGCAGAUCUCCUGAUCGGACUAGGUGAGACAGUAGGUUUAGGAGAACGUCAUUCCUCACCAGCUCUGGUACAAGAUUCCCUCAGACACCAUGCUGUGCCCGAGGAUUCGUACAAAUGGUACAUAAGCAUGAGGCAGAUCAAGCCCCUCCUCACCAGUGGAUGGGGCAUGGGGACUGAGCGCUUCCUGUGCUGGCUGCUGCAGCAUGACGACAUCAGGGAUAUGCACAUAAUCCCGCGAAUGAAAGGAACCAAGUACAUGCCCUGAGUCUAAAUAUAUCCAGAGAAAAAAAUAACAAUA